GGACUUUGAAACAGAGUUUGAACAAGAACAAACAAGACCCAGAACUGAUGUCAACCAGAAAAAACUGAAAAGGAGUCAGCGCUAAUAUAAAUAAAUAAAUUUGGGGGGAAAAAAAAGAAACACAAAUAUGACCCUCCUCGGCUUCCUUAGACAUACCGGUUGUUGUGUUUGUAGUACUCGAUUGUUGCUAGCUGCUUCCAAAAAAUAUCCAGAGGAGGAAUAUUAAGAACCGAGCAGGCAAGUAUUCGCGCGACCAAGCAGAGUUGCAGAAUAUGGUUGUGAACCUCUGUCUGCCUCACUUUUCAACAACGGCUCAUUGCAACAAGCUCUGUGCAGAUGGAUAUGAUGUUACAAACAUUGUGUCAGCAGACCCUUCACUACGGAAACAAGGCUUCAAGUUGGAAUACUUCCUACGUCCACCCUUGCAUGUGACAUUGAAGUUUGGCUUCCCAGUGGAGCUCAGCCGGGUGGAUGUGGAGCUGUGGCCCUGGGGAAUGGACCGGGGCCAAGCCUGCAAAAGACUGGAGAUCAGCACAAGUUCAGAUAUCAGUGCUCUGUCCCGUCCUGGGCAGAUUCAUCAACAGGAGCAGAGUGAAAACCAGGCAAAGGACCAGACCAUAAAGAACAGGCAGAAGCAUCGACUUGUUUCUAGUCGGUCUCUGCAGAGUAAUGGCAAUCAGUGGAGUAUUCAGGCCCAACAGAGGGAGGAAGUCGCUCAAGACGGGCCUCCACAGACAGACUUCCAAUCUCAGUCGAGCUCUGAAUCAGACUUCAAGCAGGUUGCUCGUUGUGAACUCACAGAAGAAACCCAAGUUUCAUUCAGUCAUUCAAACUUUCGUCCCCGAGCUCCGUUCCUCUCUGCUCCUCCUCCACCGCCGGCAAGCAGUCGGCAGGUGAAGCUGUGGAGCCGGGGGCUGCACUCGCUGAGCGCCGUGACGCAGCUUCGUGUCACUGUACCAUGCGGCGGUGCUGCGUCUUCUCUGGGGCUGAAGGCUCUGGCUGUGUGGGGGCAGCCUGCUCGCUGCUGCCCCGCUGAGGAGGUGGAGAGGAUUCAAAGAAUCCAGGAGGCAAAUGAAAGGCAGGUGGAGCGCCCUGUUUUAGUCUCUCCUCCUGUCAGCCAAACAACACACACCUUCCGGAACAGCCUAAGUUUUUCCAUCCCAGACGAAUUCCUGGAUCCUCUAACACAGGAAGUAAUGGCUCUCCCUAUGCUGCUUCCCAGUGGAAUGUCAGUGGACGCCUCCACUCUGGAGGAGUGCCAGAGGAGGGAAGCCGCUUGGGGUCGACCGCCAAACGACCCCUUCACCGGCGUCCCCUUCACCUCCACCUGCCAGCCCCUCCCCAACCCCCUCCUCAAAAGCCGCAUUGACCACUUCCUGUUGCAGAAAGGGAUGGUGAGGAGGGACGGGACGGUGGGAGGACAAAACCAGGGACAGAAUCCACAAGCAUCGAGACUCGUAACCUCCUGUGUUCAGGGUCGCUCUCAGGCUUCUCCAAGUUUUACUAAGACCUCAAUAAACAGUAACUCUACCCAUUCCACAGAUGAAAACACAGAUACAAGCCAAACCUCUGCUCACAUGGCAGUGGAUAAUGAAUCAGGACCAUCAUCAAAUAGCAGGACUGAUAUAUCUAAUAUCAAGCCACUCUCUACGGACAGUAAAUCAGAGACGAACAGAAGAAAGAAACGUGAGAUUUCAGUAGAAGCUUCAACCCUUGGAAAACAACAGCCUUCUGAAAGCAAAAAAAUAAGAAACAAUUCAGGUUUAGAGCUUAGCUCCAGUUCCCACGAGCGGCUGCUCUCAGCCAGCCUGGACGAGGCCCUGCUCUCUGCCCUGCAGGGACGACCCUCCUUUACUUCAAACUUGCUCCACCAAGCAGAAAGCACAUCUCAGUCGACUGUGUGCCAAAGUUCAGACUUUGCGAGCUCAACCACAGAUGGGAAGGUGUGCUCUGACUGUUCCCGUUCAGUCUCAGUGUACUCAACAUCAUCAUCGUCAUCAUCAUCAUCAUCGAUCUACCGGCUGGGAUGUGGCCACUUGCUGUGUCGUGGCUGUGUGCAGAAAGACUCAAAAUCACCAAACGCGACCAAUAAAUCCGGCUGUAUUUUCUGUCCAACCUGCCUGAGUCGUACUCCGCGCAAUAACAUUUUACGUGUACAUUACUGACAGCAAAAGACUUAUUAGCAACAGUUAAUUUGUUUCUAAUUUAAUAAAUGAAUAAAUAUAUUUGUUGUGA